GUUGUAAUAGGCCUGAUGCAGAACUGCAGUGGUUGAAAAUUCCGUGUGAAUGGUCCUGAUGAGAGUGUGCGCUGCCUGCCGACGAAGAGGGAAACUAUAGACGAGUGAUCCGCUCGGUGCGUCAGGACGCACAAGAUAACCGCAGAUGGCCUGUGCAGACUGUCCGAAUUCCAACGGGUGAUUUAAAACCGUAGAGCGUUUUUUCCCCCCGAGACUACAGCACAUGAAGCGAAGAGUCUACAGUUUUGAAAGAGGAAGCGUCCUGUGAACAGAUACCCACCAGACAUCCAAGAUUUCUCUUACGCAGACGUUUUGCGACGGUGGCACAUUUGCUCACCAUCUAACCAGCGACGGACGGACAACACGAUUACAACUUGUGUUAUUCCACCUCAGUUUGACAUUUCCGUUAACGUUGCAGUAACUCGCAUGUUACUGCUGUUGUUGAGCAGGACAAUGAUGUCGUCGCUGUUAUUUAUUUUGAUGCCCACACGGGCUCAUUUUCGUGAGAAUCUUCUCUGUCCGUGAGGAUUCCCCCCCCCUCUCUUCUACCUUUAUCAUAUUUUUUAGUCAGGUGGAUUGUUCCCCCCUCUCUCCUUUUUUUCGUCGGUUUGUCUUUAAGGUAGCAGGCUAUUAAUUUUUAAUUCUUAUGCAUCCGCACGAAGACGGGACCAGAGAGGAGAAAACGAGUGAUAACCAGAGGGGGAGAGAAGGAGAAGGAGGCAAGUGAGGAGGGAAGCGAGAAUGAAUGAGACACACUGAGCAAUCAAGGAGAAGGAGAUUGGAGGAAUCAAGGAUCACCCUCAGGGAGGGUGUAAGCUGAGGAAGUGCCGCCCUACUCACCUGUGCCUGCUGACCGCCUCUACGCUUUAGCCCCACCCCUUGCCCUGCCCCCUGGUCAGCCUCCAACAUGGCUCUCGCAGUCUGGAUCAUCUUCACCUGUGCUGUGGCUUUCAGUCACGUUGCUCCAUCUGCACCAGCUCUGAGCCGGUCAAUGAUGCCCUUCGGCUUGAUGCGUCGAGAGCUGGCAUGUGAAGGCUACCCCAUUGAGCUGCGCUGCCCUGGGAGUGAUGUCAUCAUGAUUGAGACGGCCAACUACGGCCGCACCGAUGACAAGAUCUGUGACGCAGACCCCUUCCAGAUGGAGAAUGUGCAGUGCUACCUGCCCGACGCCUUCAAGAUAAUGUCACAGAGGUGUAACAACCGCACCCAGUGUGUGGUGGUAGCGGGUUCAGACGUGUUCCCAGACCCCUGCCCGGGGACCUACAAGUACCUGGAGAUCCAGUACGAGUGUGUCCCCUACAUCUUUGUGUGUCCGGGAACGCUGCUGCGGGUUCAGGCGGCCAGCUCUCUGCAGGAGGCGGAGCAUCAGGCGGGGGCGUGGUGUAAGGACCCGCUGCAGUCUGGGGACCGUCUGUACGUCAUGCCCUGGACCCCCUAUCGCACCGACAUGCUGUAUGAGUAUGCCACCUGGGAAGACUUCAAACAGAACCGAGCCACCACCACCUACAAGUUGCCCAACAGAGUUGAUGGCACAGGGUUUGUGGUGUACGACGGUGCAGUGUUUUACAACAAAGAACGAACACGAAACAUAGUCAAGUACGACCUACGGACACGCAUCAAGAGCGGUGAAGCCAUCAUCACAAACGCCAACUACCAUGACACCUCGCCCUACCGCUGGGGAGGGAAAUCGGACAUUGACCUGGCGGUGGAUGAGAACGGCCUCUGGGUGAUCUACGCCACUGAGUCCAACAACGGCCGACUGGUGGUCAGCCAGGUGAACCCCUACACCCUGCGCUUUGAAGGAACCUGGGAGACUAGCUUUGACAAGAGGAUGGCAUCCAACGCCUUCAUGGCGUGCGGUGUGCUUUACGCGGUGCGUUCUGUCUACCAGGACGACGACAGCGAAGCGGGCGGCGACCUGGUGAUGUACGCCUACAAUACGAACAGAGCCCGUGAGGAGCCUGUCAACAUCGCUUUCCCCAACCCCUAUCAGUAUAUUUCCUCUGUGGACUACAACCCUCGAGACAACCAGCUUUAUGUUUGGAACAACUAUAAUGUGCUGCGCUACCCGCUGGAGUUUGGACCACCAGACCCCACCACAGGCCCUCUGACAACCACCCAAGUGACCACCACUCUUCCAGCUAGGCCCUUCACCUCCAGCGCCAGCCCUUCUACCGCCCGCCCUAUGACCCCCACCUCACGCCCGAUCGGCUCCAUCAACAAGCAUCCUGAUCUUCGACCAAUUACAGCCACUGUUCCUGUCACCCGCCGGCCACCUCGCCCUCCUCAAGGCCCGGAGCCUCAUGUCUGUGAGUCAAAGCUGGUCCGUGGUGUCCAGUGGCCCACCACACAGAGAGGAGAAACAGUAGACCGCCCGUGUCCCAAAGGAUCUCUCGGCAUCGCUUCGUUCCAGUGCAUGGUGGAGCAGGUCAUGUGGAACCCGCGGGGUCCUGACCUGAGUAACUGCACCUCCCCGUGGGUCAACCAGGUGGCCCAGAAGAUAAAGAGCGGUGAGAACGCUGCCAACAUAGCAGGAGAGCUGGUUAGUCACACACGAGGCCGGAUCCAGGCUGGAGAUGUCAGCUCGUCCGUGCGACUGAUUGAGCAACUGCUGGACAUACUGGAUGCCCAGCUUCAGGCCCUGAGGCCCGGAAACAAGGAGUCAGCUGCAAGAAACUACAACAAGCUCCAGAAGCGAGAGCGGACCUGUCGGGCCUACAUCCAGGCGGUGGUGCAGACAGUGGACAACUUGCUGCGACCUGAGGCUCUGGAGUCGUGGCAGGACAUGAACAGCACAGAGCAAGCCCACACUGCCACCAUGCUACUGGACGUCCUGGAAAAAGGAGCUUUCCUGCUGGCCAACAACAUGUAUGGGAAUCGGUUUUCUGACCGAGCGCUCAGCAUUGAUCUCGAGGUGCAUGUUCUAAACACAGAAAUGGACCUGCAGGACUUGUCCUUCCCACAGAACUACGACAGCGACAGCACCAUCCAGCUUUCAGCUUCUACUAUCAAACAGUACAGUCGCAACGGACAAGUCAAGGUGGUGUUCAUUCUGUAUAAAAACUUGGGCUCCUUCCUGUCCACUGAGAAUGCCACUGUGAAGAUGGAAGUGGAUGGGCAAAGCCUCGAUAAAAAGCGCCUGGCAGUCAACUCCCAUGUAAUUGCUGCUUCCAUCAACAAAGAGUCCAGCAGAGUGUUUCUCAUUGAGCCGGUGGUCUUCACACUGAAACAUCUACAGUUGGAGAAUUUUUAUACCCCAAAUUGCUCAUUCUGGAACUACUCUGAGCGCUCCAUGACGGGCCAGUGGUCGUCGCAAGGCUGCAAGCUGCUGGACACCAACAGCACGCACACCACCUGCUCCUGCAGCCACCUCACCAACUUCGCCGUGCUCAUGGCUCACCACGAGCCCGAUUACCAGGGCCGAAUGCAUGAGCUGAUCCUGUUUGUGAUCACCUGGGUGGGCAUUGUCAUCUCCCUCGUGUGUCUAGCCAUCUGCAUCUCCACUUUCUGCUUCCUGCGGGGCCUGCAGACCGACCGCAACACCAUCCACAAGAACCUCUGCAUCAACCUCUUCAUCGCCGAGCUGCUCUUCCUCAUCGGCAUCGACAAGACAGAAUACCAUGUUGCCUGUCCCAUCUUUGCUGGCCUUCUGCAUUUCUUCUUCUUGGCUGCCUUCUCCUGGAUGUGUCUGGAGGGUGUGCAACUCUAUCUCAUGCUGGUGGAGGUCUUUGAGAGCGAGUACUCCCGCAAAAAGUACUACUAUCUGUGCGGCUACUGCUUCCCCGCACUGGUGGUGGGCAUCUCUGCGGCCAUAGACUACAGGAGCUAUGGGACCAAGAAAGCAUGCUGGCUGCGAGUGGAUAACUACUUCAUCUGGAGCUUCAUUGGACCCGUUUCAUUUGUUAUUAUGCUCAACCUCAUUUUCCUCAUGAUCACGUUACACAAGAUGAUACGCAACUCUUCAGCACUGAAACCUGACUCUAGCCGCCUGGAUAACAUCAAGUCGUGGGCUCUGGGGGCCAUCGCUCUGCUGUUCCUGCUGGGGAUGACGUGGGCAUUUGGCCUUCUCUUUAUUAAUGAGAACACGGUAAUAAUGGCCUACCUCUUCACCACCUUCAACGCCUUCCAGGGCAUGUUUAUCUUCAUCUUCCACUGUGCCCUGCAGAAGAAGGUCCAUAAGGAGUACAGUAAGUGUCUGCGUCACUCCUACUGCUGCAGCCGCACCUCCACCACCAGCUCCCACGGCUCUCUGAAGAACUCGGGCCUGCGUGCCAACAACCGCUACUACAGCGGCAGCCAAGCUCGCCACGCAGCGGCCCACAGACAGAGUCGGAUCCGCAGGAUGUGGAACGACACGGUUCGAAAGCAGACGGAAUCUUCUUUCAUGGCGGGAGAUAUCAAUAGCACCCCGACACUCAACCGCGCAACAAUGGGCAACCAUCUUCUGACGAACCCAGUGUUACAGACUCGCACUGGUACCUCUCCUUACAACACUCUGCUGGCUGAGAGCUUCACCCCACCCUCACCUGGCAUCUUCAACUCCACCGGAACCUUCCGUGACCCAAAGAGCACGUUAUCAAAGGCCCGCGACCCCUGUGGGAUGGAAACCCUGCCCUUGAAUGGUAACUUCAACAACAGCUACUCCUUGCGCAGCGGUCCCGGAGGUGUAGGCGGGGGCAGCUGUGACUUCCUUGGUAGUGGGGGCGGAGACAGUCCCCCGCCCCUCCUCAAUCCUCGCAGCUCAGAGGCACUGGGAGGCGGAGGCAUCCGACGAAACCUCUCUGAUGCCGCCGCCUUCGAGAAAAUGAUCAUCUCUGAGCUUGUGCACAACAACCUGAGAGGUGGCGUUGGAGGAGGGAGUGGAGGAGGCGACGGAGGGGACAGAGUGUGUGGCAGCCUGGCCAGGGGGCGUCCUCACGGCGGGGUCGGUCGGGGGACGACGGGGGCCGGGCCAGAAGCAUCUAUGAGCAUGGAUGAAGACGAGGACUUUUUGAGAGAGGGGCGGCAACGUACCCCGCAGGAUGUGGAGCUGCUUUACAAAGCUCUGGAGGAGCCCCUGCUGUUGCAGCGAGCCCAGUCGGUCCUCUACCAAAGCGAUCCAGAGGAGUCAGAGAGCUACACGGCCGACCUCACCGAGAGCCUGGGUCACAGCGGCCACAGUGACCAGAGUGCUGGUGGGCAGGCAGGCAACAGAGCACCAGACUCCCCUGCCCGUGACUCCCUGUACACCAGCAUCACCAACCUGCGAGACUCACCCUACCCCGACAGCAGUCCUGAGCCCCUUGAGGUGGUCCCCCGUUCGGCCCAGCCCCCUGAGGAGCUGUACUACAGCUCUGGGAGGCCCGCCCUGGGCACCCGUGGGGCCCCCAUGCAGACCUUCUACCAGGCCCCACCCCGGAGACCGAGUGGGGAGGGACACCAGGCUCAGGAGACUGCCCAGAAUGAGGGAGACGGACAGAUGCAGCUGGUCACCAGCCUGUGACUGGAGCCUGAAGGAGGAAGUUGGGGACUAAUGUGACGGCCAAAGCCGCCUCCUAGCCCGCCUCGUUCUCGCGUCUCUCCACUUUCUGCUUGUUUGGUUGCCUUUCUUUCUCUUGACUUUUAUUUAACUAACAGAUGAGCAAACAGAGUGACCUUCAGGGGGAGUUGUGGCUGCCUCUGCAGAAUCAGCCUUUGUCUUUAACCCUCCCCUGUCUCAUGGAGAUGAGUGAUGGGUGUUUUUUCCGCAGAGCGUUCAUUGGCUCCGUCCAACCCCAGUCAUCCCAGGUUCCUUUGGUACCCUAAGGCCAAGUCCAGCACUCUGAAUGUACCGAUCCACCCCCUUUACCUUCAGAUAUUUCAAAACUUUAAAACUUUGUUAAAGUUUUUUAUGUAAUUUCUCUUCAGACCUGCCUCGGGAGAUGGGAAUAUCAUUUUAUAUUUUAUAUCAUUUCCCUUUUGUACCAUCCAUUGGUCUUUUUUGAGUCAUCAUGUGAUAGGAGUAGUUAACUGUGGAGACAGGGAAUAUAGUACACUAUUAUAACCUAAAAAAAUGUCUCACAGAAAGCUCUCCAUUGUUGCCAAAAAUAUCUUUUAUUGAGCCAGAACAGAAACUAGAACAUUUACAAGGCAAACACACACACACACACACACACACACACACACACACAUAUACACAUACACAUAUAAACUCACUCAUCCAGAAGUGCUCAUUACUGAACAUCAAAAGUGAAAACAGUACUCCAUCUAAGUAAAGGGAACAAGAGCUUUUGUUCCAAGCAGGCAGUGGGAGCUGAUUCAGAGUAGUUGCCUUCAUUUUCUCUUGCUGUGAAUCGACAACUAUGUACAGAAGUGGGGUAGAGGCAGAGACGGAGACUGAGGAGGCGCUGCACCACCCCUCCAGAGCAGGAGAACCUGCAUCCAUAAGACUGGCUAAUCCUCUCCACUGUUCUCUCUGGUUGUUUGCUUUAGGCAUUUGAAAAGUUAAAUGACUGCCUUGCUAUUGUUUUGAAGAGAGUAUUCAAUUUGUUGACUUUGGGUCUGCAUCCUCUGGGGGCUGCAAGAGCGGACUGGUGUCGCCCCCCCUCCCCCUGUACUUUGCUGUUAGAGCCUAGCCAGUUCAAGUGGACUUGUUUCCUGUGUGUGGUUGUGACAAAGCAAGACUGUAAACGCCGCAAACGCACUGGUCGGCCAAUUGGUAUAACCAUGUACAUAGGAGCCACACAUGAAUCUACUUUAUUCCUACUGUGUAAAUAGAGACACCAGAUGAUCAAAAGCAACAAAAAGUAACAAAUACUAUGAAAAAUGACUUCUUGUACUGCAACAAACCAACGAAAGAAAAAAAUAAAAUGUUUUGGAGUUUGUGAACUGAAUGAUAAACUCUAUCUCUCUCCCCCCAUCGCUUGAUCUCUCGCUCUCUCGCUCUUCUGUGCUAUUCAGUGAAAAAUCCUUCCAGAUCCAACAGAGAGAGAAAGACAGAGAGAGAUUAUAAUAUGUAGUAGAUUUUAUUUAUAUAAAUGAAAAACAAAAAAUCCUGGCACAUUUUUUUUUUAUGUAUUAUAAUCCGUUACAUGUUGUUAAUGUUUGACCUUUGACAUUCCCUGGGUGGAAUCGCAGAAGGCAUCGGUGGGCGGGAGGCGCGAGGAAAGCGAGAUAAACAUCGUCAAAUGUCAUACUGUGCCUCACAGGCAUGAUAAAGCAUUGUGGAUGAACGACAGCAUCCAUGAAGUGAUUUGGUUUGUUCUUGUAUUAUUUGGAAGAUAUAACCAGAUGACAUAGUUUGAAAAACCUGGGUUUUAGCAUGUAUGGUAAUGACAUUUGUUUUGCUAUCAGAGAAUAUUGCAUUUUGCUGUUUCUUAAAGAUAGUUUCAGCAUUAUUCCAGAGCCUAAUGUGACAAUUCAUUAAUUUUCUGUGUGCAGGUGUGCAAGUAUGAAUGUGUCUGAAUGGCUGGUUGUAUGUGUUAAAUGUCCAGUGUGUGAGUGUGUGCUGUGCACCAGACUUUUGUAUGUGCACACACACAUUUAAAAGGUUAUUUUUUUGUGACAUGACUUGAAUGCACAUCAGACUAGGGGCACACUCAUCUCAGAGAGCUGCCAUUACUUCUCCGCCUCAAAUGGGAGUUGCUCUCUCCGUGGUGUUCAGGUACCAGGAGGAAAGGAAAAAUCAGACCGCCUCGGGAGACUUGAGAUAACCAUAUACCAUGAAAAUGACAAGCAGGAUUGAGUGAUCGGGAAGAACAUGUUUCCAAUAUGCCACCUUAUGCAAGCGACACAUUUGAGAAAUUAGCUGUCAAGAGAGAGCCGCUCAUGAGGCUCCUUUCAUUCAGCUGAAUCUGUCUGACCUUUAAAAAAACUGAGAGUUUGCCUUCUACGCUGUAUUUAUAGGUAUUUGUUAUGGUUUAUUUAUCAGUUUUUUAUGUAUGUUUUUGGAAUAUUUAUUCACAUUGAUUUAUUCAUGGCAUUGUUAUUUUUUAUUUUUUGACUGUCUCCCUCGUAAACCUGCACCAAGCGAAAGAGUGUGAUGUGUGGACGGAACGUGAGCAGAAAAUAGAUGCAUCCACUGCAGUGUGACAUUUGGCUAGGGCCUGACUGUCCCACUUCUGAGAGCACCCAAAGGACAGCUUUUAGCUGUGGCUCCUGGGGCUGACAGAGAGAGAGGGUUAAAGGCAGAUAAGGGAGAGGGAUUACAAGGAUUUGCCACCAUUUAUUCUUGUUAUUCAAAUCACUUGUGUAAGUAGCAUUGUACGGGCCACAGAGCGCGAUGAGGCUCAAAAAGAAGGCCCGGGUAUCAUCACUUGAGCCAUAGGGGGAACAUGUGCAAUACUACUUUGAUGGUACAUGACUUGGAUUCGCAGCUGAACCUGGGAGCUGUCUGUGUUUACAAAUGAAAAGACAAUAUGCACAUGUAUUCUGCUCUGCUGCAGUGCUGGACAAUGUGGAUCUCACGGCUCGGUGGUGGGGCGCCGUACCGAGGCAUCGUUCACUGGUCAUCUGAGGACAACUGAAUGUAUUUUAACAAGCAGGACUGAAGAUAAAACAAUCCCCUCCAGGGCGGAAGUGUUAAUGGGAAACACAAGAUGGCCAUCAUCAUCUUUAUCCCCAUCAUUCUCAUCACCAUCAUCAUUAACUCCAUCCCUCCCUUAUUGUACUUGACAUAAUGUGCUGAUGCUGAUCUCUACUGCUCAGCUGGGACCCGCCCCAGGGGAGAAACACUGUUUAGACAGGCACUCCCCAUGAGAGGAGGAAUGUGCGUCACCUUGGGCCUGCUUCGCUCUUUUCCAGCACCUCCUACCUCCUUUUCUUUUCCUCCCUCUCCCCCCAUCUCAUCCACAUUUUAAUAUCAAUCUCAAUGGACUCCAUUAGUGCAGCACUUCUUUGAGAGUGUUAAUUUGUUUUGUCAAAAGCUUUGUUUAUCCCAGAUUAAUAUCUCAAUAAACAGAGGAGUGCUGUUCUGUGGUAAAUGAUAGUGAUUAUACAGUAGAAGGUCCGCGGCCCAUGCUGGCGGACGGAGGCUCACACAACGGGAGUUUCUCCGCCAUUCAAAGCCUUCCAAACAUGUGAUUACAAUAAUAACACUGUGGGUACUAAUUUACUGCAGUGAACUCGCCCUCGCUUUCCUUUCUAGUCGGCAAAUGCUUAACUAAAUUCCUGUUCCCUGCUGGCGGCUGGCCUGACAUGCAUGUGCUCCAGUGUUAAGGUGGGAAGUUGUUUAAAAGGUGGGACGCCCAACCUUUGACACAAUACUGUCUCACCCCUGCAGCUUAGUGUCAGUGGAGAGUGAGCUGUGGCAUUGUUCAGUCUAUCAUUAGACAGCAGAAGUCCCAGCAGGCUUACAGCCCGUUUACUUGCAGUUGACCCUUUCACAUACGGACCUUUUUUUCCCUUUUCUUUUUUUAACCAGUGAUUUGUGUGGCCAAUAUCACACCAGGAGGGCGGGAAGGAGUGGUGUGAGAGUUCAACAGCAGCAGAGGAGCAGGGGGUCAUUAUGUCUGCAAAGACUGGCCCAAGAGGGGACAGAGAGGGGACAAUAUCAGCAGAGAUGUCACAGAUGUCACAAAUUCAUAGCCUUAGGCAGUUAUAGAGAGACGGGAUGGCGAGAUGGGGGUUUUGCAGUGAGGCUGUGCAGGGCUGGAUGUGGAGAUAAGGAGAUGGGUGUGCUGCUUUGUUUCAGAGGGCUUUCUGUUGGUGGUUUGCAGUCCAGAGGUUAUCACUUUAUUGUUUAAAUUGAUCAAGCUGGCAUUUCAAAUCUCAAGUUUGUUCAUUGAAUUAAACAGAUCUGCCUGCAGAGGACGAAAGAUGAUGUGAUUGCUGUUUGGUCUAAUGGAUGCUUCCUUAUAAAAAUGUGAAAAUGAAUCCACUGCCGCAUCAGCCGAUUCAAGUGAGAUUUUCUGAGUGCUAACAAAUGCAGCAGGAUUUUCCUAUACAGAUUUUUAAAAAAGCAAAUGUAAACAAUGAUAAAUAAGUACUAUUUUGUUAUUGGUCUCUUGUUACGUGUCCACAUGACUACUGAAUACAGUACUUACAUAGUAGUUUUAAGAAUAUGUAUGGCAUAAACCCAGUGAUGAGGAUUGUGCUGUUUCUCUUUGUGUUCGAUAUGUUUUUGUGGAGCUGUGCCAGCAAUUCAGGCCAUCUUUGAUGCACAGGGUGGGACCAACAUCAGAGGGGCUUUUGUGUAGGAUGGGUGUCUGCAAAUGUUAAAGGGACAGUACACCCCAAAGUUCAAAAAUACUUUUUUUUUCUCUAAUCUGUAGUGCUACUUAUCAAUCUGGAAUUUGUUGAUCAAAUUUGAAAAACUCAACAGUAAGGUCUGUGGAUUAAUAUAAUAUUUAUGGUUGAUAACUCCAACGCUUUGCAGUUCAAACCAAAAAAAAUCUAGAUUGAUAAAUAGCUAACCGAUAAGACGACAAAUUGUGUAUUUUUGAUUUUGUGCUGAACUAUUCCUUUAAACUUGUGACGCAUAUUCUGCACAGAGACCCCAAGGUCCAAAACCAAAUCAAACAUAUCUUUUGACACACAGACAUAUAUAAAAUACACAUAUUCAGUCAGGUUAGAUAGUUUUAUACACUGAAGUGGAAACAGACAUGUAGGUAUCUGCUGUGACAUAUACACACACACAGCAGGAGCAGCCUGAAUCUCUAGGCAUGCUUUUUUCUAUUUCUUCCUUUUUCCUCCACUGGGUGCACUGUCUCAGAGAGUGGGAAGGAGCUGAACUUUGUGUCCCUGUCCAUUGCUAUAGUGAUCUCCAUCUCAUAAUCCUCCAUGGGACAGGGCAGGAAAUGCUGCCAGAGACAAUCUGUGUCCAUCAACAGAGGUAGAAUAGCUGGCUAUAGCAGGUGUGAAUGGGAUUAUUCUGAGUAUCAGCUAAGGGCUGUAUUAAUUAGCUCAGUACAGUAGAACCUGUCAGUAUUGGACGUCCCUGAAAUGCUUAAAUUUAUGGGAAUAAAUUAUUGGGUGCUAGUGGUUUUACAUAACAGGCUGUAGGCAUUGGUAGAAACAGUGAGUACUGAUUGUGCCAUGUGAGGUUCUACAUAUAGCACCAUUUCCAGAGCUUUCUGUGAUUUUUCUAUGAAAUAAAUAAUUGAUCAUGUACCACUGAGA